ACUGGCCGCCGGCGCGGUCCGCUCGUCAGUAGCGACCUCCGCGCCCGGUCCGUCGCUGCAGCGUCUGGGGACGGUACACAGACGGGCGUCCCAGCACGCUCCGACCGACCCGCCGCGCCGGCAGGCGGUCAGUUCAACCGCCGGCAGUCAGUCCGACCGGCUGGCCUUGUGACGCCGUGUUGACGCUUCAGCCGCGAGCUAUCGUGCAGGGGCCGGAUCGGCAGCGGUCCCAGCAGCCCGGAGGUGGCAACUGCGCGGAGAGCGUGCGCUGGAGGCCCGCUGGACCUUGUGGGACCUUGUGGAACCGCCGUGUGGACCGGAGGACAGGAGGGACAUCUCGUGGAACUGCUGUGUGAAAUUAUCUGCAGUGGUUGGCGGUGCAAGCAGACGUCCGGGUCUGGUCGCCCCUCAGCGGCGCAGUAGGCCUGCGUGACCGCGCUGUCGGUCCAGCCGUGCCGUGCCGUAUAUCGGGCACUGAUCGGCGGCCGUACCGUGCCGUGUAUCGCCGCCGCCCCUCCAGCGCGGCGGCCGCGUGUUCCGGUGAGCGGGCAGCGGCCAGCCGUCGCCGGCAGUGACUGUCACCCGGACCUGCCGGACGCACAGUCUGACGACGGGCGCCGUCUGACGACGCGGCACUCAGAGACCGGAGCUGGGGCUAGAGCUGUGGUGUGACGUGGUGCGGUUCGAGUGUGCUAUCCACUGCCGGGCGUCAUCGAGGCCGUCAGGGCGCAUACGCCACGAGCCAGUUCUUCUGGAAGGUUGGGCGUGGAAAGCAAGUCCUUCGUUCCAUUCGGACACAAGCAGUGAUCCGGUGCUGCCUGAAGUCUGUGUGGAAGAUCACACGUCCUGUUUGACGAUUCCGCCACCGGCCGUCGAGAGGACGCCGUGUAGGAUCGCUCCGUGCGACUCCUCAGCCCGGUUCGGUCCACGUUAUGUCCGAGCUACCGCAGCCGGACCGGCGGAUCCCGAUGCUGCAGACCGGCUCCCAGACGCCGUCCAUCUCCGAGGAGACGGACGAGUCGCUGUCGGACGGCGAGCGGUACGGAGACGACCGGCCGGCCGUCUACACCUUCGUCGAGUGGAAGCACGUAAUUGAUACCAAGCACUGUGGCCCGCUCACCGUCUACGUUCAGGGCGAUGUGUCACUCCAAGACAAGAAGGCCGUGUUCCUCACAGUUCACGACCUGGGAUGUAAUCACACAUCGUUCCACGACUUCGUGGAGCACCCGGUGAUGAAGGAGAUCAAGGAGCGCUCCAUCUUCAUCCACGUGGACGUGCCCGGCCAGGAGGAUGACGCCAUCACCCUGCCCGACGACUUCAAGUUCCCGACGAUGCAGCAGCUGGGUGAGGACAUGCUGCAGGUGCUGGACACGCUGAAGAUCAACAUGGUGAUCGGCCUGGGCGAGGGCGCCGGCGCCAACAUCCUGGCCCGCUUCGGACUGGCCUACCCGGACCGCGUGCUGGGCCUGGUGCUGGUCCACUGCACGUCCACGCGAGCCGGCAUCAUGGAGUACUUCAGCGACAAGCUCAUGAACUGGAAGCUGAGUUCAAUCGGGCACCACCCGAGCGCCGAGCAGUACCUCGUGUUCCAUCGGUUCGGCAACCAAUUGGACGGUGAUAUGGACGCCAGCACGCGGGAGAAGCUCAUCAAGGACUUCCAGGACCGGCUCAAGAGCAAAAUCAACCCCCGCAACCUGCAGCGCUACGUGCAGUGUUUCCUCGACCGGACAGACAUCUCGAUGCAGGUGGCCGACCUGAAGAUGGAGACGCUGCUGGUGACGGGCGCCAAGGCCUCCCACAACCACACCGUGCACACGAUGCACUCUCACAUGAACAAGGCCAAGUCGUCGCUGAUCACGCUGGAGGGCGUCGGCGACGUGCUUAUCGAGGCGCCGGAGAAGUUCUGCAGCUCGAUGCUGCUCUUCUGUAAGGGCUUGGGCAUGCUGACCUCUGUGAACGCCCGCGCGCGCACCCUCUCCAGCGGCAGCGGCAGCGGCGGCGGCGGCCGCAACCGUUCCAUGAGCAUGGAGGACUACGACAAGCCCAACGCGCGCCGCCUCUCGGUCACCAAGUCCUAAACACCUGCUGCAAUUCGUAUCGGAGACUUGGUAUCACCAGAAGAGCGAGAGAGGGACGGAGAGAGAGAGAGGAAGAGAGCAAGUUACGGGAGCGGCUGCGUCAUACCGAGCGACUGAGUGCGCGACAGAGUGCGGGAGUGUCGGGGAGAGUGCCCAGUGUGUGAGUGCGGACGGGGGAGUGCCAGCCGGGACCGCAGAGACCCACACCGUAGCCUCAGACGACCACGGCCGGUCGUGCCCACUGUAGAUAUAAUCUGAUCCGCCGCGGCGCCCGCCAUAGGCUCGGGCGCCGCGCGGGCGCUGCCCUAUUGCGAUCUUGCUAGGCUAAGGAGCGAGUGCGGCCGGGGCGAGCGGGGUCGGUCGGCGCGCGUCCGGCCAGGCCGCCGCAGUCUGCAGACAGCUCAAAGCGUACAAUCGGACGGCGGCCGGCCGGCGCGCCGCACAGCGACCGGCACCGGCCCGAAUACACGCAGUGGCCCCGGA